AUGUCACAUUUAAAACUUGUUCGCAAGAAAUCAGGUGAGGCUGUAAAAUCCCCUCUACGGCCUUCUACUUCGUCUAGUACUUCCACAAAAGCUGUUCAUUUCAGCGAGAAUCUUGAGCAAAUUCGACACUUUCUCCGAAGCAAGUGCACGGCAUCUAUAAGUGCAGACUCAUCGCCGACCGACGAGGCGCAACAAUAUACAUCAACCCUUCCAGAUCCAUCAAAGAUUUCGCCCUGUCAGUACACGCGCUGGGAGGCACUUCACACAAUCUUCAUAGGGGUUCACGAGACAGAGAUCUCGUUCAACUCCAUGAUUUCGACCUAUCCUCGGAUCGUCAAAGCCUGA